AUGCCCCGAGCUGGGCUCUGCAGCUGCUGGGGAGGCCGGGUUCUGCCCCUGCUGCUGGCCUAUGUCUGCUACCUGCUGCUCGGUGCCACUGUCUUCCAGCUGCUGGAGAAGCAGGCGGAGGCUCAGUCCAGAGACCAGUUCCAGUUUGAGAAGCUGCGCUUCCUGGAGAACUACACCUGCCUGGACCAGCGGGCCCUGGAGCAGUUUGUACAGGUCAUCAUGGAAGCCUGGGUGAAGGGUGUGAACCCCAAGGGCAACUCCACCAACCCCAGCAACUGGGACUUUGGCAGCAGCUUCUUCUUCGCAGGCACAGUUGUCACCACCAUAGGAUAUGGUAACCUGGCACCCAGCACGGAGGCAGGCCAGGUCUUCUGCGUCUUCUACGCCCUGGUGGGCAUCCCACUCAACGUGGUCUUCCUCAACCACCUGGGCGCAGGCCUGCAUGGCCACCUGGCUACCCUGGAGAGGUGGGAGGAGCAGCCCAGGCGCUCCCAGCUGCUGCAGAUCCUUGGCCUGGCUCUGUUCCUGACCCUGGGGACGCUGGUCAUUCUCAUCUUCCCGCCCAUGGUCUUCAGCCAUGUGGAGGGCUGGAGCUUUGGGGAAGGCUUCUACUUCGCCUUCAUCACUCUCAGCACCAUUGGCUUCGGGGACUAUGUUGUCGGCACAGACCCCAGCAAGCAUUACAUCUCCGUGUACCGGAGCCUGGCCGCCCUCUGGAUCCUCCUGGGCCUGGCAUGGCUGGCGCUGAUCCUCCCACUAGGCCCUCUGCUUCUGCACAGGUGCUCCCAGCUCUGGCUGCUCAGCAGGGGACUCAGCCUCAAGGACCGGGGAGCCCCCAAGAUAGAUGGGCUCCCCAGACCUCAGAAGAUCCCCAUCUCUGCGUGA